UGCCUCUCCUCUCUUGUGGCUGCCGCGCACGCAGCAACAGCCAGGGGUUCUGCAGCGAGACGCAGCCAUGGUGGAAAAGGGGAAGAGCAGGACCAGCGAGGUCGUCACGCGGGAGUACACCAUCAACCUGCACAAGAGGCUGCACAGCUGCACGUUCAAGAAGAAGGCCCCCAAGGCGAUCAAGGUCAUCAAGCAGUUUGCCGAGUCGGUGAUGAAGACCAAGGACGUGCGGAUAGACACCAAGCUGAACAAGGCGGUGUGGGCCAAGGGCAUCCGCAACGUGCCCCGGAGGCUUCGGGUGCGCAUCUCCCGCAAGCGUAACGACGAUGAGGACGCGAAGGAGGAGCUCUUCUCAUAUGUCACCGCCGCAGAAACGCCCGAGGGAUUCUCCAACGUCGGCACCAAGAUCGUCGAGGAUGACGAGUAGGUUAAGCGUUUGGAUUUGAAGAGAAGGUUGGGAAAGGUGCAGUAGCGGGGACUAAGUGCUAGGCUCUGCUUGCCGCGAGACUUUCUCUUCUCUGGACCAAGGCACUCUUUCUGUGCAUUCUUAUACAGCUUUCCUGUCCUACGUUCAAGAGAAAUCUCAGUGUCCCCACAUCGCCGCAACCUGGUAUGUUGUAUUCACAUGAGAGUGAAAGGGUUGUCCAG